AUGGGUCUGCUGUUGUCAAAGUUAUGGAGCCUUUUUGGCAACGAAGAGCACAAAAUAGUAAUGGUUGGUCUAGACAAUGCUGGAAAAACCACAAUAUUAUAUCAAUUUUUAAUGAAUGAAGUGGUCCAUACAUCUCCAACAAUAGGCUCAAAUGUCGAAGAGGUAGUAUGGAAAAACAUCCACUUCAUAAUGUGGGAUUUAGGCGGCCAGCAGAGUUUAAGAGCAGCUUGGUCAACCUACUACACAAACACGGAGUUUAUUAUCAUGGUUAUUGACAGUACGGAUAGAGAAAGACUUAUUACAACAAGGGAUGAACUGUACUCAAUGCUGAAUCACGAGGAAUUGUCUAAAGCCAACGUCCUUGUUUAUGCGAAUAAGCAGGACCUCAAGGGAAGCAUGAGCGCAGCUGAGAUAUCCCGGCAGCUUGAUCUGACGUCAAUAAAGAAGCACCAGUGGCAUAUACAGAGCUGCUGUGCGCUCACGGGCGAAGGACUAUACCAAGGUCUCGAAUGGAUAGUCGGUCGUCUGAAAAAAACAUGA